CGAGCUGACGUGCCGAGCGUCCACCGACCGCCAUGGUCGCGAGAACCGAUGACAUGUUCGGCUGCUACGGUGACAGCUAUUCGUACCGCCUGUGGAGCCUCGCCAACGUCUGGGGCGCCUGCCGCUGUGAGUAGCGCCCGUUCAGUGCCGUGUACUCGUGUCGUGCCGCCAUGAAGGUGCACAGCCCGCUGGUGCUGGGCGGCUGGUCGGCUCUGGCCGCCGGCUGGCUGGCCUCCGCGGGGCCCGCAAACACCACCACCACCUCGGCCAGGCGGCGACCCGCUUCCAACCGUCCCCUGGCUGGCACGGCGGGAACAGCCGAGGGCAAAUCCCCCGAAGAGGAGGAGGACCGGGGCGGCUCCCCGCUGGGGCCUGGCGGGCCCUUUAGCUGCAGCCAGUGCCGCGGCGCCUACCCCUCCCGCGAUCAGCUCGAGCGCCACGAGACCCUCCACUCGCCCAGCACUCAGGUGGAUAUCCAAUAUACAUGCAAGAUAUGUCACAAGAGCUUCGCGAACGUGUAUCGACUGCAGCGACAUAUGUUGAGCCAUGAUGAGAGCGCACUGCUCCGCAAGUUUAAGUGCAAUGAUUGUGACAAAGCUUUCAAAUUUAAACAUCACUUGAAGGAACACCUGCGAAUUCACAGUGGGGAGAAACCCUUCGGGUGCGCGAAUUGUGGAAAAAAAUUUUCACAUUCAGGGUCUUAUUCGUCACAUAUGACCUCCAAAAAAUGUCUUGUAAUGAACCUCAAAAUGGGAAGAAUCAAACCAAACAAUCCAGCUCUUAAUCCAGAUAGAAGUCCGUCAAGAAAAAGGGCAAAUGCUAUGGCUGCAUCUCAAUUAAAUAAUAAUAUUGCAACGAAUGGUAAUUUUUUACCUAUUAUGCCGAAAUAUAACGAAGCAGCAGCUUUCUUUGCGUCCAUGUCACAAGAUCCUAAUUUAUAUCGUCCACAUCUUGGGCAGCCAGGCCUCAAUCCAUUCUAUAUGCCGCCCGGUAUGCCAAUGAGCCCAGAAGGUGGCAUCACGCCGUAUAGCUUCCCUGCAUCUUUAAGUCAACUGUUUCAACAAUUGGCUUCACAACAGUACCAUCAUAGAAAACUUGAAGACUCCCUCAGUCCAAAACAUUUUAGUUUGCCUUCUGCGGACCCUGAAGAGAUGAUAGAAGAGGUCGCAGAAGAAGAUGAUAAAAGAUCGGAAGGAAGUGCAGAGCUCGUAAUGGAUAUAGAUGAAGAAGAAGCUAUAUCUGUAAAGAAAGAACAAGAAGAAGCUGAGAAUGAGCAAAGAACGUUGUCUCAAAACUACGAAUCAGUUCCUGUUAAUAAUAAUAGUUUUGAUGAUGUCAAACACAAUGCUGGACUUAAAUUUAAUUCUAUUUUAGAAUCUGUAAGUGCUUCAGUAACUCAACAUUUUUUUAAUAACGAAGUAUCGAAGUUGUCUCCAGUUUCUGGCAAUUCAUGUCCCAGAGUAGAUUCACCACCACCACCACACAUUAUUAUAAAAGAUGAAGCCAAAGACCCGGAAUUUCUUAAUUGCACUAAGUGCAACUUAUAUUUCAAUACCAAAAGUGAUUUGUUAGAACAUGAGAGGCUAGUUUGUGGAAACAUGUUUCGAAAACAUGAAGGUUUAGCUGCUCAAGUUGCUGAGACAGUGGCGCUUAAUAGGUUAGAAGCUGAGAUGCGCGCAUCUAUACAAAGCGGGGUCAGUGCUAGUGAAGAUGAAGAAUUUGGAAAAGACGAACGAGAUGAUAGAUCUAUUCACGAUGGUGAUAGAAAAAUAAGAGUACGAACAGCAUUAACGGAAGAGCAGCAGAUAGUGCUAAAAGAAUAUUAUGCUAAUAACCCCAGACCAAAUAGGGAAGAAUUUAAAAAAAUCGCACAACAAAUUGGGUUAGAUAACAGGGUGGUUCAAGUAUGGUUUCAGAACAAUCGCGCGAGAGUGCGACGAAUGACACAGACGGUGGCCAUGUCGGACCAGCCACUCGACUUGUCUACCAAAAAAUCGAAUGUAUCUUUGACCUCAAGCCCGUCGCCAUCUCCUUGCAGCACUACUGUGGCACAUUCCGAUUCUGAGGAAGCAGUUAAUCUAAGCCAGAAGUCUUCACGAAGCACUACUCCGCAUCACUCUAACCUCAACACUUACCCACAUUCCAAUUGCUCAUCUUCAUCCUUCACAGACUUCAGACUGUCGCCUUCGCCGGGAGACACAAUGAAUGCCCAAAAGCGUUCCUUAACACAAAAAAUGAUAGUGAAUCCCUUAAUACCAAUGGACAAGCUUUUACAAUAUAAUGAUAUGACGAAUGGUCGGACGUCAAUUUUAAACUUACAAAUGGCAUCAGACAGAAGACAGAAAACAAGUCCUUUAUACGAACGUCCAGUGUGGGCUGAAGACGGACCGCAAAACGACUUUGACGAUGACGCCGCUGUACUUAAGAAGACUAAACUGAAAGCUAGUGAUGCAAAGGAAGGCGAAGGUCAAUUUGUAUGCGACCAAUGCGAUAAGACCUUUGUGAAGCAGAGUUCACUAGCUAGGCACAAAUAUGAGCACUCAGGGCAGCGACCUUACAAGUGUUUGGAAUGUCCCAAGGCUUUCAAACAUAAGCACCACCUAACGGAGCACAAGCGGCUGCACACCGGAGAGAAGCCGUUUCAGUGCUGCAAGUGUCUCAAGAAGUUUUCGCACUCGGGCUCGUACAGCCAGCACAUGAACCACAGAUUCGCGAUCUGCAAGCCCUACAGAGACUGAGCGGUACCGGAUCACCGUAACGAGUUACUUACUCUGUAGAAGCCGAAGAUACUCAUCGAAUAUUCGUGAGCUAUAAACUAGUUACCUAAACUUAAAAAUCUAUUGAAUAUCGUAUAAAUCUAUUGUGAUAGUGACAUAAUACGACAUCCUAUACCUACAUUAAAAACUAUACAGUAUUUUGAAUUAUAAUAGCAUAAAUCAGACAUCGCUAUACUGUCAGUUAACAAUCUGUGGCUGGAGGAAACAAAUUUUAAUUGAGUUUAUUGUUAACGUUAGCUGUGUAGUUAAUCAUCGCCAGAUUUUUAUGUUUGGAAUUACUUUGUUAUGACAUUGCUCAAAAACUUUUGUAAAUAAUAAUAGUAUGAUCAAAAUUAGAAUUUUCCUUUAUAGAUAACUACUUUAUAUUUUGUAAACGAGUGCCAAAUGUACCAAAGAUGUGCCAUGUUUGCCAAAAAUAGUUUGUAAUAUUAAAAGUUUAUUUAUAGAUAAGUUGUGAACUUGAAAAGUCAGUACCUGUAGUGAAAUACUCACAUCGAAUAAUAUUAAAGUAACUAUGUAUUUGUUAACCUAAAAACUUCGUUAUUUCUAAUAACACUAUUUUAGUAACAUCUACUGUUAUCUAGCAUCGGCUGACCAUAGAUUGUCUUAAAAUUUAAUAUAAUUGGUUCAUGUUGCAGUACAAAUGUUUUACUUUGUGUCCGGACUUCGGAGCGCAUACCGCGAUUCAUAUUCAUGCGACCACUUCUGUUUUGUCUUCCUUACUCUGUACUGCAGCAGCUUCAGUAACGACUUCCUCAUCUCGCAAUAUUGUAAUCUCAUCAGUAUUCAUGUCAUCACCUAAACCGUCACAUCUCUCUAAUUAGUUAUAUUUUAUUUUAAGUAUUUAGAUAGUUACUAUGCUUUCUUAAGUUUCAAGCAUUCCAUAUUACUUCUAUGGGAUCUCUACUGUAUUAAAACUCUUAUUAAGUCCAAAAAUUAUUAUAAGUGUGUAUAUACCUAUAACUUAUAGACAGAGCGUAGUUUAUUAAUUGUAAAUACAACGGGCUUAGGGUGAGCUGACUCUAUACCGCGCCAACAAUGAAUAUGAGACAAUAAUGGACAUCUGUUUAAAUCUAAUUAACUAAAAUACAAUGAAUAGUUAUAUCUAAAUUAAUAAUACAUAAUAAUAAUAUAUAUAAUUAUAUUGUAUAUGGCUAGGGCGUACAGAUAACAUUAGACGAAAUUGGGGAUAAUUUAGGCUUUACGAAGAGAUCGUCGAUAACAAAUGAGAUUUUCCGGUACUUAAUGUUUGCAUUUUAGAUUUCACUGUGAACUGCGCAGCUGUCGCGAUCUGACUGAUUCCCAUUAAGUAUAACUGUUUUAACUUAAUUUCCAAUAUAUUUAUACAUAGCACAAAAAGCGCUUGUCCGUUUCAUUACUAGAAAUACCCACCUGUCUCAAUCCGCAUAAACGAAUUGAAAAAACAGUUCAACAUAAGUUGACUGUCGUUGACGACGUCUGUUCAACAUUAGUUGACUGUUUUUUCAAUUCCUUGAUCCUUAUGGAUCCAUUAAUCGAUUAUUGAAUUGCUAAAAGUAGGAAAUGGUUUGAAGCAUCAGCUAUCAGCAGACUUAGAAUCAGUAACUGGCAGCAGCUGUACAGUGUGAGCACAUGUCAUUUAAUUAAUUAACCAUUGUCACAGUAAUCUUAUUAGAAUCUAACUUUCUACAGAGUUCCUAAGUUUCAUAGAAUUUCUAAGAAUCAUCUAGGUGUAGGUAUGUUUAGAUGUGUUGUCUGUAUUAAAUAUCUAACUGUAAUUAGCAAAGUAUUUGUGAAAGGUUUCUAUGCAACGAAUUAAAUAUAAACUUCAGACAGUAAUUAUGUACGGUAUAGUAUUACGUAACUUCUAGAUACUUUAGGAACAUAGAUGCAUACAUACCGGGCGUACGUAAUUAUAUUAAAAACUGUUGCCUAUAAUGCUUCAGGUAGUAAUGUUACGAUAACCACAUUAUAUUAAAAUAUCAGUAUUGUAUCACGGAGUAGUAAAAAAAUAAAGACUCCGUGUCACCUUCCAUAACAGUGUAGCAGCAAAACAAGCCGAUUAACGUGUAAAUACAUAGCCACACGCACACACUUACACUACUACAGGCCGAUAGGUGGCCAUUAUGAGAAUUGUCAUCGUCUGUGACAGAUCAGUUUGCGUCUCAAUAAAAUAUUUUAAAAAAGCUGUCGUGCGUUGUGAAAAAGUGUAUAAAAGAAACUAUAUAAGUAUUUGUGGCCAUAUACGAUUAUUUAACGGAGAAAAAAUUGUGUAACUAGUAUCCCCCGUAACCGCACACACACUAGCAUUACGGUGCUUCACUUGCUAAUAUCACGGCACGGAGUCCUUUUUUUUUACUCGUCCGUGUAUUGUAUCAUAUUUGUCAUUAUUGGCUCACUUCUGAAUAUUGUAGUCUGUUACAAUUUGUUGGCAUGCAUUUAUUUCAAUUUCUGACAUUUCAUCUAAAAAUGUAAAGUCACAUUAGCAAUGUCCACUUCAAUAGAAAAACAUACUUUUUCUGUCUGUGUACAUAAAAUAAGAUUAACGUAAUAUUAUGUGAGUACACAAUAAUAUGGUUAAUAUAACUGAAUAUUGUAAAACAUGCAAUUGAAAUAAAAUAAUAAUAUGCCAGGCGGAGUAUCACAAAAUAUAACAGUUGUUAAUUUUAAAUAAAGGUACGAACAAUCACUUAGAUGUCAUCCGGGAAUGCGUGGUAUAUGUGGUUCAUAUAUUAUAACAAUUUAAAAUGGAUGUCUAAAUAUUUUUGUGUCGAAUUAUAACAUAUAAAACUGAAUGCACAUUUCAGAAUCAUUAUUCACGUAGUGUAAAGGGCAACAUUUUCAAAACUUAUCUAUUUUAAUCAAAUUAAUUCUGUUGUUCGCUGUGAAUGACUAGAUAUUGAUAAUUCGCCAGCCAGGCUUAAUCUGUACUAAAUAAUAUAGAACAUAAUAAUUGUUACGAGUUGUAAAAUCAUAGGUGUGUAUAUAUAUGAAAUAAGUUAAACUGUUUAAAUAUUCAUAUUUUAUUAUUACUCUUAAGUAACGAAAUCUUAUGUAAGUGAUUUCCAAAGCAUCACCGGUGGGCUAGAUAAACCAAAGAUUAAUUAUGGUCACACGAUGUGCUAUCUGUACAUACAACACCAUCGUUAGAUUUUAAGUUUUAAAUUUUAAGGAUGUCGAAAAAGUUUUAUCAAAAAAAAUAUUUUUAACAAAGACAUUAAACGUUCUUUGUCAACAGUAAACUAUAUUUUGAUUCUGGUGCAAUACAAUAUUGCAAAGAAUUUCUCUUCUAGGCCUUGUCCAGGCAUAUCGAAUGACGGCGAAGAACGCUAAGAAGCGAAAGAGAAAGAGAUGGUAGACUUUUGACUGGCAGUCGUUCGCUGUAUUUGGACCAAGCCUGAGAGUUAAGGCUAGUGUACACAAGCGAAUUGCAAAACUGGAAAUAUUUAUUUCUUUUGUGUAUUUAAUUAUUCAAAAUUAUUUCGAACGUCUUAAGGGUUCCUCAGAAAGUUUUACAAUAAGAUUAAAUGAAAAAUAGGAAAUUGUAAAUUAUAUAAUUGCAUGUAUCUUUGUUUAAUUAAUUACUGCACUUUUUAUAGCUCAGUAUAGCUUGUGUACGCUAGAACUAAUGUAUAUAUGAUAAUUAUUUCACGUCUUUCCUAUUGCCAUAUUGUAUUUGUUGUGCGACUGGCUGUGGUGGGUCGUUGGUUCUCUGUGGUUCGUACGUACUUGGUGUAGUGCUACCAACAAUAGACACCAGUUUCAGUGGUGCCAACCCUCCCUAUCGCAGCACCAGCCCGGUUACCACUAACCACACUUAGCAGCAGUAAGCACUUGUUGAUACUAUGAGCUACACUAGUUUGUUAAACUUACAUAUAGAUUAACAUGUGUUAAAAUAUUGCCUAUACAAAUUAUAAUAAUUCAUUUAACUUGAUAUUACAAUGUAUAUUAAAUUUAUGAAUAUUAAAAAUAUAUAUAUUGAUAAUUCAUGAA